AUGGGCCAGUCGUCAUCCCUUGUUCGGCCCACUCUCCGGCCGUCCUCAUCAUCGCGGAGACGCAGCACGCUCUCUUCUACCUUCCGUUUGACGCCCACCGCUACACCGACUACGAAAGCGAUCCCUACUGACAACAUUUUCGUUCCUAUCCAAGCGGACGACGUACUCGGGCAAAUUCCGAUUCACAUCAAGCACCCCCUGCCUCGGCUCGGGAUCGAAGAUAGCCAGGACAAGCCGAUUCAAACGAACAGGUUCUACGCGAACGCGUUCCUGGGCAAGCAAGAUCAGCCGAUAUGGACGCAGCCGUACUUCAUGUGGUGGGGCAAAGGUGGUUCGAAUCCGCAUCAGUUUCCGACAUGGGGGAUGAAUAUCGGGCAUGACGAGAGUGGAGACUAUGAAUUUGGACCUGGAAAUCCCCCCAAAUAUUAUGUUGCUCCGCGAAAACAGCCAGUCAUCAUUGGCGCGAGGGAGCUCGAUGGCGAGACUGUUCUCUCUACGGAUUCACAUCUCCCGCAUUCAGUGAACAUAAACCUGAGGCGCGGAACUACUGCCAACUCCCCAAAAGUCACAUUCUUCAUUGUCCAGGGCAUGAGCUUUGUCACAGCAGGCUAUGCAAAUGCCUCGCCCCUAAUCCAAACAUCUGGAACAGGUUUCCAAGGAGAGAUAAGUGCACCGAUACUGAUUGGAAGAUCGACCAAGUACCGUUUCAAGGAUUGUGAUGGGCGUGACUGGCUUAUGUACAUCAAUCCUGCUAGCGAUAUUGAAUACGACGCUACGAAGAUGACCAAGAUAGACGCGAACACGAUCAUCUUCCCACAAAACUUCAAGGGCACGAUACAGGUGGCCAAGUGUCCACCUGGGACAGACGCCGAAGCCCUCUACGACAAGACGUACGGAACCUUUGUAACUGAAGCCAGAAUCUACGCCACUGUCAAUGAUACUCGCGGGUCCUACGGUUUCCUGUACAAGAAGAUUGGCUUUGGCCCUCUACUUAUGUUCCUCCUUCCCCACCACAUUCAGUCGCUCGAUGCCGAGCUCAAGUCAAGCGUCACAAAGUUGCAGCUACAGACGACAACAAGAGGUGUAGCAAUAGCCGUCUGGGCCUCCGCCGACAGUCUCUCCUUCACUGAAACAAAUCUUCCCACGAGCAUGGCAUUCGCCCCUUGGACGCCCAUCUCGACCACUGCACGUACCAAGUUCCCACCUGACUUUCUCCUCUUUCUGUCGUCCGUCGCAGAACUCGACCUCCGCCGCGUAAUGUCCGGCCCCAUACCUCAGGACUCAUACUACUACGCGGGAAAGUACCUCUCUAAAUUCGCGACGCUCCUAUGGGUAAUCAAAGAGGUUCUUAACAACACUGAGUGGGUUGAACAAGGGCUCGAAAAACUUAAGCAAGAGAUGGCGCGGUAUAUCGAUAAUGUGGCCAAGUUUCCGCUGUACUAUGACGAUACGUGGAAGGGGCUCGUAAGCAAAGCGGGCCUCGAUGGCGAUCAGGGAAGCGAUUUUGGGAAUACGUUUUACAAUGAUCACCAUUUCCAUUUUGGAUACUUCAUUCACACGGCGGCGGUGAUUGGGGCGUUGGACCCGGGAUGGUUGGAGCAGGGAGUCAACAAGAAAUUUAUUAACAUGAUCGUGAAGGAUAUCGCAGAAAGUGAGUACGCAGGAAGGGACUUCCCGUUCCAGCGGUGCUUCGACUGGUACGCCGGCCACAGCUGGGCGAAGGGCCUCUUCGAGAGCGCAGACGGCAAAGAUGAAGAGUCUACAAGCGAAGACGGCUUCGCAAGCUACGCGAUCAAGAUGUGGGGGAAAGUCAUCGGAGACACGAACAUGGAGAAGAGAGGCAACCUCAUGCUCGCGGUCCAAGCCCGCGCGUUCAACUCCUACUUCUAUAUGAUGUCUACGAACACGAAUCAACCGCCGCAGUUUGUCCCGCACAAGGUCUCGGGCAUCUUGUUUGAGAACAAGGUCGAUUACACGACGUAUUUUGGCGAUGCGCCACACCUUGUGCAUGGAAUACACAUGCUACCCCUCGCACCACCCAGCGCGUACCUGCGUCCCCGCGCCUUCGUAAAAGAGGAGUGGGACGCUUUCUUCGCGCUGCCGCCCGCAGCGUCCUCCGCUCCCCAGUCGCCCCCCAAGACACCACAGCCUACGAGCUCUAGGCCUGUCCUCUCGCCCAAACCGUCUUCAGCGACGACGGUACCCAAAGCAGACCCGCCGACCGGGGGACCGUACGUUGACGGCGGGUGGCGCGGCGUCUUGUUUGCGAAUCUCGCGCUGAUAGAUGCGAAGACUGCGUAUGGGUUCUUCAGGGAUGGGGUGGGUGGGGUUUGGGAUGAGAGAUGGGUGGACGAUGGAGCGUCGAGGAGCUGGUAUUUGGUUUGGUGUGCGAGUCUGGGGGGUGUUGGGAUGAAGUAGGGGACGGAAGGAACGGGCGGAAGAGGCGAGGGGUCGCUGGCGCGGGCAGGGAGUCAGAGGUGGCUGGAUGUGUUGCCGUGCUUGGUUGGCCUUGUAGCGUGGAAGAGGGGAAGCGUGGGAGCUUGACCAUGCUUGUAACAUGU